AUGUCAAUCAGUACGCUGGCAUCCAAGGAUAUUUUCACUAGUGAUUUGGAUCAGCUCGAUCAAUCGUUUACGUACUCUCAACUGAUCAAAGAAAUUGUUCUUGAACUCGACUAUGACGCAAAGGCCAAGGCAGAUCUGGGGAACUAUUGUCGCCGACGUCAAACAUCUGAUGGUGGCGGAACUGUAUCGUCUCUUAUUGAUAAAUUUGAGCAAGAUUAUGAAUGUCAUUCACCAAUUUGGUGGUACACCUGCGGCUCUUUUCUCUUUGGAAUGCUUAAUCAAGCAUUGAGAACCCAAGAUACCGAAGCAUUGGUCAAGAUGGGAUUUGUGAUACGUGAUAUUCAUCGAAAAAUCAAAGAGCUUCAUGAUAACGCAACACCAAGGCAAUUGACAGUCUAUCGAGGUCAGUCCAUGUCUGCUGACGAAUUCACAAAGAUACGCAACAACAAAGAUGGUCUUAUUUCGUUCAAUAAUUUUCUCUCGACAAGUAUCGAUCGAGAUGUCGCGUAUAUGUUUGCCGAGUCUACUCUCCAAAAUCCACAAAUGAUGCUUUUGCUAUUUCAAAUCGAAAUUGAGCCGAUGGUUUCACGGAUACCAUUCGCUGAAUUGAAAGGUGAUGAUUGCGUGUUCGGUUCGGAAAAUGAAGUUCUCUUCUCAAUGCAUACUAUUUUUCGCAUCCGUGAGGUGACACAGAUCAAAGAAGGAUUCUGGAAUGUUGAAUUGAAACUGACUAGUGACAAUGACCGAGAUCUUGCUCAUCUUACCGAACAAUUACGCAAAGAGAUUAAAGGAGGUAUGGCCUCGUAUCGAUUAGGUCAUUUACUGAUCAAAAUGGGUAAGUUCAAGCAAGCCGAAGAAGUCUUAUUAAAACUAAUCAAUUCAGUACCGAAUCUAAUGGCCUCGUAUCGAUUAGGUCAUUCACUGGUCAAAAUGGGUAAGUUCAAGCAAGCCGAAGAAGUCUUAUUAAAACUAGCCAAUUCAAUACCAAAUCGAGGCAGGACGUAUAUUUCCUCUACCACUCAUCAACUAGGAGCAAUCAAUCGAGAGAACGGAAAUUUUCAGGCAGCAUUAAUGUUCUAUUAUAUAGCGUUGACAACGGGUUUAAAUAGUAUUCCCAUUGACUUUCGAUCGAUCGCGAUCACUUGCAACGAUAUCGGUCUAAUUCAUCGUGAAUUAGGCAAUUAUCUACGAGCACUGGCAUACUAUCAAAAAGCUCUUGAAUAUCUGGAAGAUCCAGCCAUCAAUUCUGAUCGCUUAGAAUUGGCUACUGCCUACAAUAACGUUGGUCAAGUGUUUCAAUCGAUGGGUGCCCAUUCAACGGCACUUGGAUUCUUUCGGCGAACAUUGGCAAUUGAAAAAGAAAUUCUUCCACCUAACCAUCCAGCGUUUGCUACCGUCCACAACAACAUCGGGACAGUCCAUAGUUUAAUGGGCAAUCACUCGCUGGCACUUCAGUCUUAUCGGGAAACCUGUCGAAUCGAAGGUCGAUCUCUUCCGACCGACCACGGAACACUCGUUGUCACCUACAACAAUCUCGGUGAAGCGCAUCGAUCAAAUGGAGACUAUGAAGUGGCUCUCCAAUACUAUCAGAAAGCCAUCGAUAUUGGUGAAAGAUCGCUUCCUGAGAAUCAUCCAUCGAUUGCUGCCGCCUAUUGCAAUAAAGCCAUCGUUUAUUUCAUGAAGCAAGAUCAUUGGACAGCAAAGAAAUUCUUUGAAAAAGCACGUGAAAUCUUAGAGCAAACCGUUCCGCCCGACAGUCCAGACCUUGCUAUUGUAUACGUACAUAUUGGUCAAGUUCAUGUCGUAAACACAGAUUAUUUCGCUGCACUACAAUUUUUUCGAAAAGCACUCAGAAUCCAAAAGUCAUGUCUCUUGCCAAAUGACCUGAAUUUGGCUCGCACAUACGCCUGUAUGGCAGAAGCAUUCUACUUGCUUGGUAAUCAUCUAUCGGCCGUCAAAUAUAUUCGGCUUGCUAUUGAUAUUGCUCGUCAAGAAAAUACUCCUGCCGCCAAACAACUUCUUGAACAGUAUCUACAUCGCUUUUUUUCGUACUAA